AUGUUCCUACACUGUGCACACUCUUACGCACUCCCUCUCUCGCUCUCUCUCGCGCACUCUCACCACAUUCUCUCUCUCUCUCUCUCUCUCUCUCUUUCUCUCUCUCUCUCUCUCUCUCUCUCUCUCUCUCUCUCUCUCUCUCUCCCUCUCGCACUCUCACCACAUUCUCUCUCUCUCGCAAACUAUCACACGCAUUCUCUCUCUCACGCUCUCACGCGCACUCACAUGCACUCCCUCACGCGCUCUCUCAUGCUCACUCUCACGCGCACUUUCACGCACUCUCUCCUGUGCUCUCUCACGCGCUCUCUCACGCGCUCUUAUGCGCCCUCUUGCACUCUCUCACGCACUCUCUCGCGCGCUCUCUCAAGGCACACUCUCAGGCACACUCUCACGCACUCUCUCUCUCUCGCACUCUCUCUCUCGCACUCUCUCUCGUGCAUUCUCACCACGUUCUCUCUCUCACGCGCACUCUCACGCGCUCUCUCACGCGCACUCUCACGCGCUCUCUCACGCGCUCUCUCACGCGCUCUAUCAAGGCGCACUCUUAGGGGCACUCUCAGGCGCUCUCUUUUGCGCUCUUUUUCCCGCACGCUCACGUGCAUUCUCUCUCUUACGUCCUUCUCUCGUGCACUCUCACGCACAUUCUCUCUCUCAAGCGCUCUCUCACACGCAUUCUCUCUCUUACGUCCUUUCUUUCGCGCACUCUCACGCACAUUCUCCCUCUCAAACACUCUCUCACGCGCACCCUCACACGCUCCCUCACAUGCUCUCUCACGCGCUCUCACACGCGCUCUCUCACCCGCUCUCUCAUGCGCACUCUCACGCGCUCUCUCACGCUCCCUCACGCGCUCCGUCGCGCACUCUCAGGCACACUCUCACGCACUCCCUCUCGCGCUCUCUCUCGCGCACUCUCACCACAUUCUCUCUCUCGCGGACUAUCACACGCAUUCUCUCUCUCGCGCUCUCACACGCACUCACAUGCGCUCCCUCACGCGCUCUCUCAUGCUCACUCUCACGCGCACUUUCACGCACACUCUCAUGUGCUCUCUCACGCGCUCUCAUGCGCCCUCUCGUGCUCUCUCACGCACUCUCUCAAGCGCUCUCUCAAGGCGCACUCUCAGGCACACUCUCACGCUCUCUCUCUCUCUCUCUCUCUCUCUCUCUCUCUCUCUCUCUCUCUCUCUCUCUCUCUCUCUCUCUCUCUCUCUCUCUCGUUCUCUCUCUCGCAUUCUCACCGCGUUCUCUCUCUCUCACGCGCUCUCUCACGCGCUCUCUCACGCGCUCUCUCACGCGCUCUCUCACGCGCUCUCACGCGCUCUCUCACGCGCUCUCUCACGCGCUCUCUCACGCACUCUCUCAUGUGCUCUCUCACGCGCUCUCACGCACGCGCUCUCUUGCGCUCGCUCACGCGUUCUCUAA